UAGCAAUACAAACAUGUGUGUAUGUGUUUGUGAGAGAGUGUGUGCGCGUGUGGCUCCUGGCAGGAAACCACAGGUCUAAUGAAAAUAGACAUGUGAAGUGCAGUACAACAGAAAGUACCAUGAAAAGCAAAACCACAAACUUUGGUGAAGUGACAUCAGAGCAUAGGUUCCCCUUCAAAAGCUUUAAAAGUUGCCCUUAAGAGGCACAUCUCUGACAAACGUGAAACCAGGUCAUCAUGGCAGCCGGGGGUAAUUCUCUUAGUGGAGGUGUUACGCUGGUUCACACCGAGCAGGAAGGGAAACAUUCAUAUGAAGUGAUGAACUUUAUAAGCUCAAACAAAGGCUUUUUUGCAAGAGGGGGUGAUAAAAUCCUGAUGGUAAACGGAGAAAAGACGGAGGAUUUAGCUCCACAGGAGUUUGUUAACAUUCUAGUUGAAGGAUCUCCCCUGCUGACUAUACAUCAUCCGCGCAGAGAAAAAACUAAGGAAUGUUUGUCAGAGGAGAUCCGGGCCUAUAAAAAGGAGCCAACGGUGAUGGACUUCAGCCUGACGAUGGUGAGAGAGGAAGAUCUACACCCGGAGGGACACCGGGAGGAGCCAGAACCAGAACCUGACUGGGAAGAAUAUAUUAAAGAUGACAAUCGGUUUUUUGUCUCUAUGACUGAAACGAGUCUUACACUGGUUAUUGCUCGGGGCUGCGACCCAGAAAGCCCCUGUCACAACUGCGGAAGAACAGACUGCCAGUUUAAUGAAGUUGUUGUCAUGCCUGAGAGAGCCGAGAUUGUCUUUAAUGGAGAUCUGAUUGUGAAUCAGAUAAAGGAACGAAACAAUUUGUUCCUGAAGAGUCUCCUAUUAAACAAGUAUGUCACCCCAUGGAAGGAGCAGCUAUUAUUGGGGGACACCAUGUCAGCAAAAAUCACCAUCUACUAUUACAAGAUGAACAUAUUGGAUAGAAAUUCAGGCUCUCCGGUUGUGCUGAACUUCACGGGCACAAAUAACUUCUUCUGCUGUACCACCAAGGAAGGGGACAACAAGAAGAUGUUACGAGUUGUGUGCCAUGAUAGAAGUGACCUGAAAAAUAUAUGCGCGGAUGACCCUGAAAAGUGGUCCCUGGUAUUUUACAUGUCUUCCACAUUAGAAAAUAAUCGACGCUUCGAGUCUGCUCUUCACAGAGGGUGGUUUAUUUACAUACAGAAUGUGAACAGUGAUGAAGUUGAGAUGAAGGAAAGGAAUCCGUAUAAUCAAACCAACUUCUAUUUUGUUAUUGAGACACAGACCUGAAUACACAGAAAGCUGAAGACUUGAAUAUAGCAUACAACAUGAUAUAUAUGUAUUAUAUAAAAAUAAUGCUAUAGGCUACACUGUAUUUAAACGGAAUAAUGCCUUUUGUAACCUGAACCUGACAUAGUUUUCAAAUACAUUUUUUAUAUUAUUAGUUAUGUUCAAAACUAACUGUAACCCUGUUAAACUGACUAUGUGAUUCAAGAUUACGUGAGCAAUCCUAAUGUUUCAUUAAAGUGAAUAUAAAUUCUUUGGAAAGGCGACUAUCGAUGGGAUAUGUUUAGAUGUCAACUGUUUAAAAAUAAGUUGCAUCAUCUCCGAAUACAAAGAAUGUAUUGUUAAACUGCUAUUGCAGUAGUAAGUAGAUAUGUAUCAUACUAUUAGCUGAUAUGCUUAACUACCAUGUUACUCAUACUAUAAGUGUCAUCUUUUUAUGUUGAACUGAUAGAUUUGAUCCAGUGCAUUUAAUUGUUCAUUUUCUUGCUAAUGGCUCAUGUUGUACAUUUUACUUUGGUUGUUUUUUAUUGCAUUGAAAUUAAUUCAUAACUAAACAUAGUUUUAUGUGUAUUCCUAAUAUUGUUGAAUAACAUGUAUAAGCUAAAUGCUACUAACAACUUUAAAUUGUUGCUUAAAGCUAUGUAAAUGGAUCAUUUAUUAUAUUUGAAUGUGCUUAUGUAUCAUGUUUCUUAUUUUGAAUCUUAUUAAAAGGUGUGUAAUUGAUUGGAAGAGCUGUUUGUAAUGUGCAUAACAAUUUUUAUUGCUGAAAGUUUUUAUAAUAUUGUGUAACAACUAGAAAUGCAGAGAUUCGUCUAAAAUAUUAGUUUAUUUCAUCAAAGAUAAAAACAUGAUACAUCACUGUUAUGUAAACACCAAAAUCAGUGCCCAAAAGAAUGCGAAGGAUGCAGCAUCAUAGCACAUUGCAUAAUCUUUCAUUAAACUGGUUUAAACCAUCGUUUUCCCCAUAAAUUAAUAAAUGUAACUGAUUACCCCUUCAAUCAGCCCUAAUAAAUAAAAAUAGCUUAUCUCA